GCCAUGCCGUGGUGCAGGGGGGGGAGCUUUUGUUUUUAACCUUCAUUUCCUCUGCGUGGGGCUCGGUGCGUGCCGAGCUCAGAGCUGACGGCUCCAGGCAGGCUCCUCCAGCAGGAGCUGCCCCGAGGCUGGGGCCAGGCCGUGCCAGAGGGGACGGGAUGGGGGACUGGAGCUUGCCCAUCAGCUCGCUGGGCGAGGAGGUGGUGGCCCGGCUCUGCGAGCUCCUGGACAACGCCAGCCGGGGCUGGCGCAAGCUGGCCGAGGUGGCCGGGGCGGAGAAACGCUUCAAGUGCAGCGAGGAGGAGCUGGAGGUGUGCUCGCUGAAGGUGCUGGAGCCCCGCGGCAGCCCCACGCAGUGCCUCCUGCAGCUCCUGGCCGAGCGCGACUGCAGCCUCAAGUACCUGCUGGGCUGCCUGGACAGGAUGGGGCACACGCAGGCCUGCCAGGUCCUCAGCAGUGCCGUCCAUGACAUGAUCCGCAUCACGGUGCAACCGGAGUCACAGGUGGUGGCAGAGGGGGCACAGGUGUCCCUCACCUGCUGGGCCACCGGCCCGCCGGGGCUCGCCUACCAGUGGUUCUGCGGGAAGCAGGAGGUGCCCGGAGCCACGGCUCCGGAGCUGGUGAUCGACACGGCCGCCCCGCCAGGCCCACCCCGGUGGUUCAUCUGCCGCGUGAACUGCGGGGCUGCCUUCGCCUUCUCCAGGUGGGCCCACGUCCAGGUGGAGAGGAGCAGCAGCCCCAGCUCAGCCAGCGGUUACUGCCCCACCAUGGCGGGGCUGCAGAUCCUGCGGCAGCCGCAGCCGUGCUGCCUGGCUGAGGGGGACACGCUGCUGCUGGAGUGCAGAGCCAUCGGCAACCCGCCGCCGCAGUACCAGUGGUUCAGGAACCGGCGUCCCGUGGAGGGUGCACGGGCACCACAGCUCCAGGUGCAGCUGGUGACGACGGCCGAGCGGGGCAGCUACUCCUGCCGCGUGUUCAACCUCUUCCACGAGGUGUGGAGCCAGGAGGUGGACGUGGAGAUCGGCCCACGGCUCUUCGCCUCUGGAGGCUCCUGGCAGGAUGGGGACAGAGCCCCCCCAGAGCCCGGCAGUCCUGACCAGCUGUACGCCACGGACAAGGUGGCCCUGCUGAUCGGCAACAUGCACUACCUGCACCACAAGCACCUGCGGGCGCCCAUGGUGGACGUGCACGCGCUGAGCUCCCUCCUGCGCCAGCUCGACUUCAAGGUGGUCUCGCUGCUGGACCUGGGCAAGGACGAGAUGCAGAUGGCUGUCAACGAGUUCCUCCUGCUCCUCGACAAGGGCGUCUACGGUUUGCUUUACUACGCCGGGCACGGCUACGAAAAUUUUGGCAACAGCUUCAUGGUGCCCAUUGACGCCCCCAGUUCCUACACCUCCGCCCACUGCCUGUGCGUGCAGCGGGUGCUACGGUGCAUGCAGCAGCGGCACACCGGCCUCAACAUCUUCCUGCUCGACAUGUGCCGCAAGAGGAACCUCAACGACGACACCAUCCCGCAGGUCGGGGCGCUGCAGGUGACGGCCAACAUCGUCUUCGGCUACGCCACGUGCGCAGACGCCGAAGCCUACGAGCUGAGCCAGGGCGAGCUCUCCAACGGCGUCUUCGUCAGCUUCCUCAAGCGCUGGCUGCUGGAUGACGAGAAGAUCACGGUGCUGCUGGACAAGGUGGCCGAGGACAUGGGCACCCUGGAGAUCACGCGGGGCCGCCAGGCGCUGGAGCUCCGCAGCAACCUCUCGGAGAGGCGAGCGCUGACGGACCCCAUCCGCGCCCCGGGCCGGGACGAGACCUCCGCCAGGAACCUGCAGUGGGCCAAGGCCCACGUGCUCCCGGAGAGCCGCCACCUGCACUUCAGCUGCGGCAUCACCGUCCAGCUGGGCUUCGCUGCCGAGUUCUCCAACAUCAUGAUCAUCUACACCCGCAUCCUGGCCGCCCCCAGGGACAUCACCGAGUGCGUGGCCAAGCUCACCGACAUCCCCGAGGAGCUGGACGUGGAUCUCAAGUGCACCAACAGGGAGAGCCCCGAGGAGGUGGGCAGCCCCUUGUCACCCUCCUGGAGCCCCGGCUGCCCCUCCUGCUGCCUCUACAGCCGCCUCUGCGGCCUGCAGAAACUGCGGCAGGAGCUGGCCUUCACCGUGUGCCUGCAGUACCGCUACCGCGGCAUGGACGACUUCGUGGAGGAGCGGCGGGCGGUGAGCGUGGGCAAGCCGCUCAUCGCCAAGCUCAACCUGCACCUCGGCCCCGCCGCCGCCUCGCAGCCCCCCUCGCAGAGCUCCCUUAGCCCCCUCUCCAGCUCGCCCCCGGGGAGCUGGGGGGCGGCGGGGGGCUGCUGGGGAAACACCCCCGAGGAGAACCUGAGCCCCAAGGGGCCAGGCUCACACAGCCUGUAGGUGGGCGCGCGGCCCCCGCUCUACACCUCGUGCCCCGGUGGCCUGGAGGGGACAGAGGGGAUGGGGACGGAGCUGGGUGCUGAGGGGCUGAGCCCUGUCCUGCCCUGCACCGGGGAUGUGGGGCUCGCUGCUUGGCACCUUUGGGGGGGGGGCAGCACGGUGCAGGGCACUGCCCCCUGCCCCGGACAGGGACAGCCCCACGGAUGGCGCAUCGCCACCCCACAGCUGUACAGGGAAUGCCAGCCCCAGCCCCAUGGCACUGCCAGCCCCACAUCGAGGACACGGCCCCACAUCCCCUGCCGUGCCACUGCCACCCCCAGAGACAGGACGCUGUCCCUGGCAUGGCAGUGCCACCCCUGUCCCCCCCCCAGGGCAGUGCCAGCCCCAGGGCUCCCUGUGGCCGUGCCCACUUGGCGGGGCGGUGGCAUUGCCCCUUGCUCCGUGGGGCGAGGAGGGGAUGGAGGCAGGGGGCUCAGCGAGGCGUCGCGCCGGGGCAGGGUUGGGCUCGUUCAGGCCUAGGAGAAAUAGAGAGAAAUAAGCAGAUUAGGGGGCAAAUCCUGAGGGGAGGAUUAGGGGGGAGCAAAGGGCUCCUGCUUGGCUGGGAGGCAGCCCUGGGGCCAUGGGAGACCCACCUGGCCCCCCAGUGCUCCCAGUGGGACACUGAGCACCAGCGCUGGCCGGGCCUUGGAAGAUUUCAGGGUAUGGAUGAAAUAUGGGGGGAAAAUUGCCAUCUGCUUUUUUUUUUUUUUCUGUAAUGUACGAGAUGGGGGCACAGGGCGUACGCGUGCUUUGCUCGGCCCCAUGUGCCAGCAUCUGCAGAUGUCUCCUUUGGGUCUCAAACGGGGGAAAACACCAAUAAAACAGUGAAAGCA